UCGGUAGCGUAAACAUGGAAAAGCCAGUAAAGAAAGUGAACUCUGUAGUGAAGCUUAAUUCUCUCUUUUAUUAGCUGUGAGAAGUGUUAACUGUUCCAUUCAAUAUUUUUAUUUUAUGUGUGUAAAGACAUACAGCAGAUAACUGAGGCUAAAUGACUUAACAACACCUUCGAAAGAGCAGGACAGCCUACUCAUUUGAUCCUUCUUUGUUUUAAUAUGUUUUUCUUACGUAUGAAAAAUGUUUUCAGACGACAUAAUAUCUGCUUGAAACCUGACUCGAGGGGCAGGCAAAGCGAGUUUCUCUCUCUGAUGAAAUGAAAGUGAAAGCACACUUCAACUGUGAGAGACUACAUGGAGAUACUGCUCUAACCAUACGGAGUCGUUUCUGGAAACAAUAAUGGAUCUAAUGUUAAAGAUACUUAUUUACUCGUAUGUGUUUGCAGGUGUGCAGUGCGUCCCUCAGGUGUCCUGGCUGCCCUGUCAGUUCGUCGAUGAACAUGUGUUUUUGAAUAGUGAAAACCACACAGAGACUCAGCUCGUCCACAGACAGGCUCUGCUGCAGUUUGGUCAGAAAGGAGACGCUCCUGUUAACCCACAUGGCAUCACUUUCCUGGUCACUGGAUCUAAGCUGGACCUGAGGCGGUACUUAGAGGGAGCGGAAGCAGAGCAGGUGGAGUGUGAGCUUCAUCGAUUCAGCACACCUGGAAUCCACAUCCGCUGGCCGGUUAAGGGGGACCAUGAGUACAACCGCUGGUUCACCUGCACCCUGAAACACACAAGGGGCCUGUUCAAAGUCACCGGCCUCCUCAGACACCAGUCUGACCAACCCCCCUCAGGACAGCCCGACUAUCACAGCUGGACUCCUGUUGAAGACAGAGAGACACUCACAACAACAGUUGCUAUGGUAACAAAAACAGGAUCUCCAUCGGUGAAAGCAGGCCAGGGCUCCGAACAAAAGCUCGACUGUCAGUUUGCCGUCGACCACCGGGGACCGGACGUGACUGUGGAGUGGCUGUGGCAGCAUCGUGGAGAGAGGGUCAAACUCUUCAGUCACAACAGCCGCACGGGACAGACGAACGGGAAGGGGGUCAGCCUGAAGAGCUUGGCAGGCGGGGACGCUUCUUUGAAAAUCCCCUUCAUCAAGAUGAGCAGUGAAGGGAGAUACAUUUGUUCUGUGACCGUCAAUCCCCUUUUUGCCAGCAUGGACAUCAACCUACAAAUUGAAGAGGCUCCGCGAGUGUCCCUCAACGUUGGACCCGCUCUCUCUCUGCAGGAGGGCGGCGAGCAGAAGGUGAUAUGUGUGGCGGCGAGUUACUACCCUCUGGAUGUUGAGAUAGUUUGGUACGACCAGGACCCGUCUUCUUUAGGCCACAGGGUGGGUGCUCCUCUCCCUAAUAAGCUCGCGAACGUCCUGUUGUCCAGCCACAAACCCAACUCGGACAACACCUACACGCUGUCAGCUUUCUUCUACCUCAAGGCCUCACUCAGGGACUCGGGGAAGCAGUUCACAUGCAGCGUCUCCCAUCAGUCGCUCAGAGUGCCCAUCAGAAAGAGCUUCAUCCUGACUGUUGAAGAGCCCAGCAGGUGGAUGUUUUACCUCGCCGUGGUCCUCUUGUUGUCCAUACUGCUGAUUGUCCUGUUCAUGAUGCUAUCCUACCUGCGCUCAGAGAGAGAAAAAUCAGUGCAGAAGAAACCAUACUGAGAAUCCUCCAAACAUCGGGGAGAAUGAAAUGAAGCAGAAAAACACUCUGAGGGGUUCGAAGAGCAUUUCACCAGAAGGUACUAAUAAGGAGCUGUUAUUGUAAGAGUGGGUGUUUAUUUACGUUGUGUGUGCACAAAGAUGCUUGGAAUGGAACACAUAAAAAUGAACCUGCAACAUGAUGCACACUGUCCCUCUCCUUCAGCGAACCAAAAGGAUGCUUCAAUAAGAAAAAUUCUAGCAUGCUAGCAUGGAUGUUGAAAAUACAUGGUUUUAAAUAUUUCAACGAAUUCCUUCAGGAAAUGUUUUAAUGACGAAUGAAAAUGUUGGUUUCAGUUUGGGUUUAAUGAGCUUUAGUGAGAAACACUGAUUGUAAUAUGAACUUUAUUUAAUUGUUAAUCUUCACAUGGUUGUUUUUAGUCGAAUAAAACUGCUGUGAGCCAAACAUGUGAGAGAACGAUCUGGAUUAUUCUUGAAUGAUGUAUUCUUAGAUUAUAAUAUUCUUCCUCUGGGUAUAGUACAGCUAUAAGGUGUUGCAUUAAUGGAUUAAGAUCAGUGUGUAAAUAAUUCAAUUAUACAAUGAAACUGGAAUGGCUGUUUUAAGUUUGCUAAUUUUGUUUCAAAAGCUUGGAAAAGAAGACAGAAUAUUCUGUUUAAUUAGUUUGACUUCUUACUUUCUCUUUUUGUUUCUUGUGAAUGAAUAUAGCUUACCUAGUGCACUCUGAUCCGGGAACGUUUUUAAUUUAUGGUGUCAUGUAAGCCCAUGCGGGCUGGGCAUAUGUAUGUAUGUAUGGCAUAAUAAUAAACAAAAAAACUAAGAAAACUAAACUACAAUAACAGUGAUUAAAUAAUCAAGUGUUUUAAAUUGAUGUUGGCUGAUAGUGUGGUUCUGAAGAUUUCUUUGAGUAAUAAAAAAUCAUUUGAAAUGUC